UGGCAAACUGACAUACCAUAUCGUCUUUGUGUUCCUGUUUGAUCUUGUGCUUCAGCGGGAAAAAGUUUUUCCUUCUUCUUAAAGGACGAUAUUUUAAUUAUUUUUUACUACGUGCCACUUCAUUUCCAUCGGAGAAGAGAUUUUCUAUUUAUUUUCUUUACCUUUUCUACAAGCUGUUAUGUGUACGGGAAUAUCCCGAAGAGUGUUGUCAUAAAAGCUUCACUCAUAUAAAUUCUUGUCCGGGUCGUUCGCGUUCGCUUCGAACAAAGUAGGCAAAGAAAGAAGAGGGAAAAUAUGGUGUAUCAGCCGCUCAAACUUGUGCUAGUUGGGGACGCCGGCAUUGGAAAAUCGACACUUAUAGCGAAAUGUCACGAAACUCACCCAACAUCCGCCGAAUGUGGCGGUUUCUUCGCAAAGACUUUUGACCGCUCAGCGGAAUACAAACCGACUACACUAAAGGCUUACAGCACCAACGUAUAUUCCAACCCGACUGGGAGGAUUUACAGUGUUUAUUCAGCUAAUAUAGUGGACACUGGAGGCUCAACCGUUCUAGAUUACGUGAGACCGCUUGCAUAUAUUCAUGCCGACCUUUUUAUUUUAUGUUUCGACGUUACGAAUCGUGCUUCUUUCGAGAAUGUCGCAUCAAAAUGGUUCCCUGAAAUUCGGUUGUAUGAAAAGAAGGUACCUUUGAUGCUUGUGGGACUAAAACCGAAUCCAGUGGAAAAAAGAAAAGUUUCAAAAGCUGAUGCAGAAAGAAUGUUAACUCGACUCAAAGGAAAUGGCUCCUACUUUGAAGUUGAUUCGUUUAACCCAAAAGAAGAUGAGGCAUCCAAGCUAUUUGAGGCUGCUGUUGAGCAAGCAUUCCAGCAUUAUCAAACAUUGAGUGACAGACAUUUAAAAAAUAGGGAGAAAAAAAGCUCCAAAGACCCAAGCUUUGAUAUCACAAAUCUGAGUGAGCCAAGUCCUCCUCCAAAGACUAAAUUUGCUGAUUCAACCCUAAGAGAGGACUGGAAAUCUACUCAAGAAAGACAUGAGUCUGCCGACGUCACUAUAAGGUUUAAAAAUAUUGAUUCAGUCAUGACAGCACAUUCAUUUGUUCUAGCUGUGACUUCAGAGAGUUUCAAGGAAUUAUUAUGCUCAUUAUCUUCCUUUGGGGGAGAAAAAGCUGUAGAACAUCUAUCUCCCUUCAGGGAAGCAAAAACUAAGGCUAGAGACACUAUUGGGAGCAAGGUUUUAUAUGACAUUACUUUCGAAGAAAGCAUCAAGCCAGAAGCUAUGAAUAGUGUAUUGGCAUGGAUGUACACAGGCCAUCUAGACUUGAAAUGUAAAGACCUCCAAUCCAUUGGUGAGGCAGCCUCAACUCUGAAAAUUAAGCCAUUGGCUUUGUUGUGUGAACAAUCUUUGAAAAAGAAACCACCACAUCCUCCACCACCACCACCCCUUCCUCCCACAGGAAACCCUCCCCGCUUGCCACUUCCUUCAAUAGUUAACAGGCGACUAGAAGCUGUGGUUGUUUCCAAUUAUUUGAGGGAAGCCUUUUUGAGGGAAUCCUUUUUGCUGCGUUCUGGUUUUCCACCACCAACACGCAUGCAAGCUCCCAAACCCAGCAAAAAGAACACUAACACGGGCACAGAUUUGGAUCCUGAAGCAGCUCACCGGUCAGCAUGGGUAAAAAGCACCAAAGAUUUAUUCUUGAACAAGGCACUUCUGUCGGACAUUACCUUUGUGGUGAAGGGCGUGUCUGUACCUGCGCACAGGGUGGUACUCAUAACCCGGUCAGCAGUGAUGGCAGCAAUGCUCGACGGGAAAUUUAGAGAGAACGACCUGGCCAUGAUCGAACUUCCUGAUGUACCAUUGGCGCCUUUCUUGAUCCUGUUGGAAUACAUAUACACCGACAGCUGUAACCUGAAGGACACAAACGCCAGGGAGGUGCUUGUUCUAGCUGACCGAUUCUGUCUAGAUGGGUUGGCGGCCCGAUGUGAGCAGUUUAUCAUCGAUAGCAUGCCAGGCCUCGGGGUUAUCUGUGACAACGAGGAGUUUGUCGAGUCCAUUCUCGAUGUCUUUAUGUUUGCAAAAGCAUUCAACUCACAGUACCUUACGAUGUGGUGUUUGCAUGUCAUAGCGACCAACUACACCAUCUUCGAGAAGACGCCCGAGUACAACACUAUCUUGAAGGAAAAUCGCGAAUAUAUCGAGGCGAAUCGCUGGCUUCCACGGUCAUAUUUGAAAAUUUUGAAUAGUUACAGGGCAAGGGGGACCAUCGUGAUACCAGAGAGGAUACAGAGACACUGUCCCAAGCACUGUGGCUGUACGAUACUGUGA